AUGAGCUGCUCCGACUGGAUGGACUUUGAACGCGAGCUCCCACGAAGAAGCGACACGCUAUGCGUCGUUACGGACAAGCACAAUUUGCAACUCUACGGCCGUGAGCUCAGGUCCCUGGGCCCAGGGAAGCCCAACGUAUCAGCCCUGGUGCAGAGCGUACUGGGAGUCAAGGUGGAGGCUGUCGGCGAGGAGACGCUUCCAAUGGUCGUGCGAUACGACGAGCGUGUCUUUGGCUGCUGCCGUCAGAAGUACGUCGAGCUCUCCUUGGCCGAGGCGGACGUGUGCGCGGCGGUGGCGCGGCGCGGCUCGAAGAGGGUGUGCGGCUACGGGUUCUCGUCGGGCGACAUCUACGGGAACCGCAUCGUGCGCGGCAUCUUCGCCGACUCGGAAGAAAUCGCCGAGGCGCUCAUGGCGUACGUGCUGCAGGACGCGUCCGUCGCCACCGUCAUCGUGCACAUGAAAGACGCGGAGGAGGCGUACUUCGAGAAGAACAUUGGCCUGAAGCGCUCCUCCGACAUCAAGACGCUCUUUCGCUGGCCCUUCAGGGGCGGAGACUUCACAAGGAUAUACGCCAUCGGCUAAGUAGAGCUGGCUCCGAGCCGCAUUAAAGAAGUGUAUCCGUGCCUACGUUCCAUGC